AAUGGGAUUUGGGGCCAGCAGGAACCUCUUCCCUAAGGAUACCCUGAUGGACCUGCACGUUUACAUCUCGGAGCACGAGCACUUCACCGACUUCAACCUCAGCUCCGCCCUGUUCUGGGAGAAGCGGGACCUGGUCUACGGGGACUGGACCAGCGGCGAGAACGCGGACGGCUGCUACGAGCACUUCGGGGAGGUGGACAUCUCCCAGGUGCGGAAUUCCCGGAAUUCUGGGGGAUUUCGGGAAUUCCUGAGGGGGAUUGAGUUUGGAAUUCCUUAA